GUGCGUGCGGAGAGCUAACAGCGCUGCUGCCGCACAGAGAGCGACACGCAGAGGCUCAGUCCGACCGACUUUGGAUAUUUUGGGGGGGUUUGUGGAGAAGCCUGGACGGAGACAAGAGGCAGAAAGACACGGGGGGAAAACCGAGAUUUAAGUCGGUUUGUCACGGCGGAAUGGCGGACCGGGACCCGGUGCCGCUUCCUGCGGAGGUGCGGGCCAGACUGGCCGAGCUGGAGCUGGAGUUAUCCGAGGGUGAUAUCACACAGAAGGGCUAUGAGAAGAAGCGAUCCAAGCUGAUUGGAGCCUUCUUCCCACAAACACCAGUAAUGGAUUCGUCCACAGGCCAGGAGAGGAGAACCCCGGUCACCCCGUCCUCGUCCUCCCGGUACCACCGCCGGUGGUCUUCUGGCUCCAGAGACGAACGUUACCGAUCAGACGUGCACACAGAGGCGGUGCAGGCGGCCCUGGCCAAGCACAAAGAGAGGAAGAUGGCGGUGCCGAUGCCUUCCAAGCGCCGGUCGUUGGUGGUCCAGACCUCAAUGGACGCUUACACACCCCCAGAUACAUCCUCAGGUUCGGAAGGCGAGGGUCCGGGCGACGUCGAUGGGGAGGAGGGCGGAGACGGCGAGGAAGAGGACGGAGGCGGAGGUGGCGGCGACCGGACCAGCCGCGAGGGGAGCAUCAGCAUGGAGCACUGGAUAAACCGGGCCAUCCACGGCACCUCGUCCACCACCACCACCUCCUCCACGGCCUCCUCCUCCUCUUCCUCCACGCGCAGCGGGGGCAGCGGGGCGGCUGGCGGCAGGCUGGCCGACGUCCUGGCCCAGCACGUCCACAUCUCCGCCCACCACAACCGCCACAACCGCCACCACCACCACCAUCACCACCACCAUCGCAAGACAGAGAACCACUCCGCCCCUCCAGAUGUCACCGGCUACACCAACAACACGGCCGGCGACGACAUCCAGGUGGAGAGAGCCCCGGGCGCCGGCCCCGCGGCCCAGAGACAGACGCCCAAGUACGGCAACGCCGAGCUGAUGGAGACCGGAGACGGUGUACCAGUCAGCAGCAGAGUUUCAGCCAAAAUCCAGCAGCUGGUCAACACUCUGAAGAGACCCAAACGGCCGCCGUUGAGAGAGUUUUUUGUCGACGACUUCGAGGAGCUUCUGGAAGUCCAGCAGCCAGACCCCAACCAGCCCAAGGCGGAGGGGGCCCAGAUGGUGUUGCUGCGGGGCGAGCAGCUGGGCGUGGUAACCAACUGGCCCCCGUCCCUGGAGGCGGCCCUCCAGAGGUGGGGCACCAUAUCUCCUAAGGCGCCCUGUCUCACCACCAUGGACAACAACGGCAAGCCGCUCUACGUGCUCACCUACGGAAAGCUGUGGGCCAGAAGUGUGAAGGUGGCCUACAACCUGCUCCACAAACUGGGAACCAAACAGGAACCGCUCGUCAGACCUGGAGACCGGGUGGCGCUGGUCUUCCCCAACAACGACCCCGCAGCCUUCAUGACGGCUUUCUACGGCUGCCUGCUGGCCGAAGUCGUCCCCGUGCCAAUAGAAGUACCACUGACCCGGAAGGACGCGGGCAGUCAGAGAGGGUUUUCGUUGGGGAGCUGUGGCGUGACCGUGGCUCUGACCAGCGACGCCUGUCAUAAAGGAUUGCCUAAGAGUCCCACUGGAGAUCCACAGUUCAAAGGCUGGCCCAAGUUGCUGUGGUUCGUCACGGAGUCCAAACACCUCUCCAAACCCCCCCGAGACUGGUUUCCACAUAUCAAGGACGCCAACCAAGACACGGCCUAUAUCGAGUAUAAGACCUGUAAGGACGGCAGUGUCCUCGGUGUGACGGUGAUGAGGAUAGCCAUGCUCACACACUGCCAGGCCCUCACACAGUCCUGCUCAUACACAGAAGCUGAGACCAUAGUGAAUGUAUUAGACUUCAAGAAGGACGUAGGACUGUGGCACGCCGUCCUGACUAGUGUGAUGAACAUGAUGCAUGUCAUCAGUAUUCCCUACGCUCUAAUGAAGGUCAACCCUCUGUCCUGGAUCCAAAAAGUCUGCCAGAACAAAGCCAAGGUGGCGUGCGUGAAGUCGCGGGACAUGCACUGGGCUCUGGUGGCCCACCGGGAGCAGCGGGACAUCAACCUGAGCUCCCUGCGCAUGCUGGUGGUGGCUGACGGUUCGAAUCCCUGGUCCAUCUCGUCCUGUGACGCCUUCCUCAACGUGUUCCAGACGAAAGGUUUGAAGCCCGAGGUCAUAUGUCCCUGUGCCAGCUCCCCCGAGGCCCUGACUGUAGCUUUAAGGAGACCCGUGGAGGAGGGCAGCGACCCCCCCGGACGCGGCAUCCUGUCCAUGCAGGGCCUGAGUCACGGCGUGAUCCGGGUCGACUCGGAGGAGAAGCUGUCGGUGCUCACGCUGCAGGACGUCGGCUCCGUCAUGCCCGGGGGCAUGAUGUGCGUGGUGAAGCCCGAAGGUGUUCCUCAGCUCUGUAAAACGGACGAGAUCGGAGAGUUGUGUGUUUGUACUGUUGCCACGGGAACGUCCUACUACGGUCUGGCUGGCUUGACCAAGAACACCUUUGAGGUCUUCCCUGUGAGCAACACCGGGGCCCCCAUCGGUGAGUUCCCCUUCACCAGGACCGGCCUGCUGGGGUUCAUCGGACCCGCUGGGCUUAUCUUCGUGGCGGGGAAGAUGGACGGUCUGAUGGUGGUCGGAGGGCGGCAGCACAACGCCGACGACAUCGUCGCCACGGCGCUCGCUGUGGAGCCGAUGAAGUUUGUGUACAGGGGCAGGAUAGCGGUGUUCUCCAUCACCGUGCUGCAUGAUGAGAGGAUCGUGGUGGUGGCGGAGCAGCGGCCCGACUCCACCGAGGAAGACAGCUUCCAGUGGAUGAGCCGAGUUCUGCAGGCAAUAGACGGCAUCCAUCAGGUGGGGGUGUACUGCCUGGCUCUGGUGCCCUCCAACACUCUGCCCAAGACUCCCUUGGGUGGUAUCCACCUGUCGGAGACCAAACAGCUGUUCCUGGAGGGGGCGCUGCACCCCUGCAACGUGCUCAUGUGUCCCCACACCUGCGUCACCAACCUGCCCAAACCCCGGCAGAAGCAGCCAGAGAUCGGUCCAGCGUCUGUGAUGGUGGGGAACCUGGUGUCGGGAAAGAGGAUCGCCCAGGCAAGCGGCAGGGAUCUGGCUCAGAUCGAAGACAAUGACCAGGCAAGGAAGUUCCUCUUCCUGUCAGAGGUGUUACAGUGGAGAGCCCAGACCACUCCGGACCACGUCCUGUACACGCUGCUCAACUCCAGGGGUACGAUAGCCAGCUCUCUGACUUGUGUUCAGCUGCAUAAGAGGGCAGAGAAGAUCGCCGGCAUGCUGGCUGAACGGGCCCACCUCCAGGACGGGGACCACGUGGCCCUGGUCUACCCUCCAGGUAUCGACCUCAUCGGGGCCUUUUACGGCUGCCUGUACGCCGGCUGCGUGCCGAUCACGGUGCGACCGCCACACCCGCAGAACAUCGCCACCACGCUGCCCACCGUCAAGAUGAUCGUGGAGGUGAGCCGUCGGUGUGUGAUGACCACACAGCUCAUCUGUAAACUGAGGUCCAAGGAGGCCUCGGCAGCCGUGGACGUCCGGACCUGGCCCCCCGUCCUGGACACAGACGAUUUGCCAAAGAAGAAACCUCCUCUGCCGUACAAGCCGUCCAACCCCGACACCCUGGCCUACAUGGACUUCAGUGUCUCCACAACCGGCAUGCUCGCUGGAGUCAAGAUGUCUCACACAGCCACCAGUGCCUUCUGCCGCUCCAUCAAGCUGCAGUGUGAGCUUUACCCAUCCAGGGAAGUCGCCAUCUGCCUGGACCCGUACUGCGGCCUGGGCUUCGUCCUCUGGUGCCUUUGCAGUGUGUACUCAGGUCACCAGUCCAUCCUGAUCCCUCCUGCCGAGCUGGAGGUGAACCCAGCUCUCUGGCUGUCGGUCGUCAGUCAGUACAAAGUCCGCGAUACCUUCUGCUCCUACAGCGUCAUGGAGCUCUGCACCAAAGGCCUCGGCCUGCAGACCGAGUCGCUGAAGUCUCGAGGGUUGGACCUGUCUCGGGUGAGGACGUGUGUGGUUGUAGCGGAGGAGCGUCCCAGGAUAUCCCUGACGCAGUCCUUCUCCAAACUCUUCAAGGACCUGGGACUGCACCCCCGAGCCGUCAGCACCUCCUUCGGCUGCCGGGUCAACCUGGCCAUCUGCCUGCAGGGAACCUCAGGACCCGACCCCACGACUGUAUUCGUUGAUAUGAGAGCGCUACGGCAUGACAGGGUCCGACUAGUCGAGAGGGGAUCACCACACAGCCUGCCGCUGAUGGAGUCUGGGAAGAUCCUGCCGGGGGUCCGAAUCAUCAUCGCCAACCCAGAGACCAAGGGACCAAUGGGAGAAUCACAUCUGGGCGAGAUCUGGGUGCACAGCGGCCACAACGCCAGCGGCUACUUCACCGUGUACGGAGACGAGGCGCUGCAGUCGGACCAUUUCAACUCCAGGCUCAGCUUCGGAGACACGCAGACCGUCUGGGCCCGGACCGGGUACCUGGGCUUCCUCCGCAGGACCGAGCUGACCGACGCCAGCGGGGAGCGUCAUGACGCCCUGUACGUGGUUGGUGCUCUGGAGGAAGCCAUGGAGCUGAGAGGGAUGCGGUACCACCCCAUCGACAUCGAGACCUCCGUCAUCAGGACGCACAAGAGCAUCACGGAGUGCGCCGUGUUCACGUGGACCAACCUGCUGGUGGUGGUGGUGGAGCUGGACGGCUCGGAGCACGAGGCCCUGGACCUGGUCCCCCUGGUCACCAACGUGGUCCUGGAGGAGCACUACCUGAUCGUGGGCGUGGUGGUGGUGGUCGACAUCGGCGUCAUCCCCAUCAACUCCCGCGGCGAGAAGCAGCGCAUGCACCUGCGCGACGGCUUCCUGGCCGACCAGCUGGAUCCCACUACGGGCCUACAAACAUGUAGCCCACCCCCCCUCCCCCACCCCACCCCCACCCCCACCCACACCCCCCCCCCCCCGCGGGGCCGAUAUGGAGGUCGGAUAAAGGAAUGCAAAGACAGUCUACUCCUGAGAUGAAAAGAAUCGAAGGGGAAAGUCGAGGCACGUGAAGAUUUUUGGACUUUUCAGCCCUGAAUUUCACAGGCAGCGCAAACACCCCCCCCCCCUUCCUUCAGGCUGUGGUUUUAAUUUGGAGGUGGCGGAAGUGCAGCCCCCCCCCCCCCACCUCCAGAGAAACCAAGUCAUCCAUUUGGUGCAGGGGCGUUUUAAGAGUGGCACGUGCGCCCCGACAGGCGGAGGAGGACAAUCGUCAACAGAGAGUCCGGCUUUUAACUCGUGUGUCUGGGUCCCUUCAAUACCCCCCCCCCCGUUAAGUGUUGACUUGUUUUUAGUUUUGUUCAGUUUUUGCCAUGUCCUCGAAAACUUUAGGGUUUAUUUUUUGACAAGGAUAUUUACAAAAAUGAUAUUUUAUGAUAUCAACACCUGCCCUUCAACGUUACCAUGAGGUACUACACGUUUUUUUGUGCAUUUUUAUUCAUUAUUUUCUGAAGCGUCCGUCCCUUAUCAGCGGGAAUAUCAGAGUGCUAACAGCUAACAGCUAACAGCUAACAGCUGCAGACUUCAUAUCAUGUAAGUAUGUACAAAAAGAAACUGAUUUAAUUUAUUUUGUUUCUCUUUUUAGAAGUAUAUGACGAGACGUUCAAGAAUGUUUUGCUCUUGAAUAUUUGCUAAUAUAAAAAAAA